AUGGACGCCAAGACAUCACUCGAAAAGAGUCGACUUCAAACAAUCGAACAAAAGAUCAAAGAUGUGCAGGAUAAGCUCAGUACACGAUUGCCCGCCCAGUACCGGCAUUUAGCCGCGAUGGUGUGCGGAAUUAAGUGGAAAUUGCAGGUGUUGAAGUUCCAUGAUGCCGCUUCUAAAAUCAAGAAGGUGCGUCUUGAGCUGGGAGCGUUCGACUACCGUGUAAGGGAACAAGCAGAGCUGCUCACGUGCUACUUGAUCGAUUUGGACGGCGUGUUGAGCUAUGGAAAUGCCGACAUUCAGAGCUCUCGCAAGGCAUUAGUUCUACUUGUGCAGCAGCAGUUACCGCUGGCUGACGCUCUCAAAAAGCGCAGUUGCUUGCUUAAAGAAUUUGGGGAGCGUGUACUUUGUGGUCUAGAAGGCCACUUAAAGACUCCUCAGACGCCUGUGGACACUGGGGCCGCGUCAAAGGAUCUGCACGUUAAACCUUUGCUACAGGAAUGCGAGGAUGAACCGAAUGAUGUUCAGAAGAACGAUGCUGGAGAAUACGUGGUCGAGCGGCCAAUCGUCGUAAAGGAAGUUGAACCUUUAGAACCCGAAGCAGAGGACGUUGAUGUAGUAAAUGACGUCGCAUGCUUGUCAAAACAGUCACCACGGUUUUUAACAAAUUCAGGUCCGCAGAUUAUGGACGUUGAUAUUAACUCGCUACCUGUUUGGCGUCCGUACUACCAGCUACAGCGUCGUCCAGACGGCAUCUACCUUUUGGCACGUAUCAACAAUACAAAUCCACGCAACGUUCGUGUGCAGUGGAACGAACAUAAUGGUGUGCUUAGCAUCACGGGCUUUCGUUUACCCAGUCAGAAGGAUAUUGUCACGUCACGUCUAAGCGGUGCACCGACGUUCGGCCGCUUUGAAAUUGUCGAACAGUUUCCAUUGAAUUUGUUGAACAUGGAGGAGGCGACUCAACAAGUUCUUGCUGAUGGCACCUUGCAAAUUCGUAUGCCUUACUACCCGUUGCAGCACCCGCGGCGAUACCAGCCGACGUCGUUUUUUCAGCCACAAGAUUGUUUUGUAUGGUGA